UUUGUUUCAGGCAAAAUUUGUUUAGAUUUCUAGAUUGUACAUUACAAUCUUGUGCAAUAGAUUCAAGAUUUUUACAUAAAACAGUUCUUAAAUCCUGUUUACUUAGAUCUACUAAAUGUCGAAUACAUAGCUUAUGACAAUUUGAUAAACUGGUCACAAAUUGUACAAAAUGAGUGCAUAAAACUGUUUUAAUAUGAGGAACAUUAGAAAUGGGCUCAAUGAAAUAUCUAUGGGUUUCUCUUGGUAGAUCAAAUAAAAUAUCUUAGAGUAACCAAUGAUAUAAUGAGAAGCCUAAAUCUCCUGAUGUUCCUCUCUGUGUUGGUUUCCUCUAACCUGGCUAAGUUUAACUCUUCUCAAGUACUGAAGUUCAUAGAUAAUCUAGUUAGCCAACAACCUGCACUCCUUAAACCAGUAAUGAACUUGGUUCUCUGUGAUGAGAGCGAUGAACUAAUUGCUGGUGCUCUAGAUAUGCUUUACACAACACUACCACAUCUAAAUAUCAAACAUCUGGGGAAUUUGUCCUCAAUGAAAUUAGAUGAUUCAACAAUAUUUUUUUGCCAAAUUCCAAUUCAGGAAAAGAUAAAUGUUAAUGAGGCCUUUGCCAUUUUUGACACAUCUCAAGAAUGGUUUGUUCCCAGGUUUAUUAUGGAAGGACAAGGAAACAAAAAGUUUCUGGUUAAAAACAAUGCUGAACUGUAUGAAAUCAAAACUUUUAAGGUAAAGCAGUCAGUUUCCGACAUUGUGGCCUUCCAGUUACCAAUAACACCACCUACAGAAGAUAACAGAAUUGAUUUGCAUGGCAUAACAUUGACUGCAGGCUAUCCUCCUUCAUCUGCUUUGGUCAAGAUAAAGGAUGACAAACUUGAAGGAGGAAUUGGAGCAACAUUUGACACAAUGAGCAAAAUUAUGAACUUUACAUAUAAGCCUGUUCCAUCAAUCGAUGGGUUUUUUGGAUCUAAAGUUCCUGGUGGAGUAAAAUACGAGGGAAAAACUUCCCUAUACAAUGGAUUGGUGGGAAUGUUAGAAAGAGGAGAGGUGGAUGUUGCUGUGGCAGAUCUUUUUGUUACAUUAGAUAGAAACCAGGUUGCAGAUUUUGGUGGAAGUAUUCUUCUUCAGUCAACAUUUUGUGUCAUGGCCAAACCUGGGACUGAUUUGGAGUUAAUGGCCUAUUUUAAACCAUUAAAACCGAUUAUUUGGAUGUGUGUUUUAUGCUCAGCAGCAGGUCUUACUAUUUUUCUCUUUAUUCUAUCCUGCAUCUCAUACAAGAAAGCUCAGGAAGGGGUUUCUGACAUACUGAGCUUCUCUAUGAGAACUUUAGGAGCUGUUGAGACCUUCCUUUUGCCUGAACUCAGGUUUAAGAAAGUCUGGAGAAUAUGUAUGCUGACCUAUCUAGUUCUUGGGUUCUUUGUUGUGGAAACUUAUAAGGCAGAACUAACAUCAUAUCUUACCAGUAAAACUGCAAAGCUACCAAUCCAAAGAAUGGAAGAUAUACUUGAUACGGAUAUGAAACUUUCACUUCCAUCUGGUUCCUCAUUUGUAUCUAAACUACAAUUUUCAGAUCAGGCAGUUUUUCAGCGAUUGUGGAGUGAAAAGGUAGCUGAUCAAGAAUAUGGACUGGUAAACUGGUCAGAGGGAGAUAGAGACAAUAUUUUGAAAGCUUUACGAAAUAACUAUCUUGUGCUUGGUUAUGGAGAUGAAGCGGAGAAGUUUAUGGCUGAAUACCCAUGUGAGGUUGCUAGGAUAGCAGUUGAUGCUUCUUUACCAUCACAAACUGGAGUUUAUCUUCGUAAAAAUUCACCAUUCACCGCUUUAUUCAAAAAGCAAUUACAAAUACUGAAAGAAGCUGGAGUUGUUGAUACAAUCAUAAAAAAGAGUAAAAGGGGAACUCUUGAAUCUGCUACUUGUAAUAAUUCUAAUCUAAUACUUGGGUUCCAGAGUACAGUUUUCCUGUUUGUUGUGAUAGGUGUUGGUAUUCUCUUCUCCACUUUUAUUUUUAUCUUGGAAACAAUUAUAUCUACUUUGCAGCCUUAUAUAACUUAGCUAUUACAUGGUUGUAUAUAUAACCUAGCUAUUACAUGGUUGUAUAUAUAACCUUGCUAUUACAUGGUUUUAUAUAUAACCUAGCUAUUACAUGGUUAUAUAUAUAACCUAGCUAUUACAUGGUUGUAUAUAUAACCUAGCUAUUACAUGGUUGUAUAUAUAACCUAGCUAUUACAUGGUUGUAUAUAUAACCUAGCUAUUACAUGGUUGUAUAUAUAACCUUGCUAUUACAUGGUUAUAUAUAUAACCUAGCUAUUACAUGGUUAUAUAUAUAAACUAGCUAUUACAUGUUUAUAUAUAUGAACUAGCUAUUACAUGGUUAAAUUUAUAACCCAGCUAUUACAUUGGUUAUAUAUAUAACCUAGCUAUUACAUGGUUAUAUAUAUAAACUAGCUAUUAUAUGGUUGUAUAUAUAACCUAGCUAUUACAUGGUUAAAUUUAUUACUCAGCUUUUAUAUGGUUAUAUAUA